AUGGAGCCAUACCUAAAGAAACUGCGACAUUAUGCUGGUCACUUACCACUGAUGAGUGCUGACUAUGGUGCAUCUGAAGGAUGGGUUGGUUCUAAUGUAAACCCAACCCUGCCGCCUGAGGAGUUCAUUCCUCUGGAAAAACUGAAAGGUGAGGAAAUGGAGAACUUUUCCUCUAUUCACUACAUAGAGUCAGAGCCUGUAGGCCUAACUGAAGUUGAGGUUGGCAAAAUCUAUGAAGUUGUAAUAACAAAUUUUGCAGGUCUAUACCGAUACAGGCUGGGAGAUAUUGUGAAGAUAGCGGGCUUCCACAACUCGACGCCAGAGCUCCAGUUCAUCUGCCGCAGAAGUCUAGUCCUCAGCAUCAACAUCGACAAGAACACCGAGAAAGACCUGCAGCUAGCCGUCGAAGAGGCGGAGAAGCUCUUGGCCGCGGAGAAGCUGGAGCUGAGCUCCGACAGCGCCAGCGAAGAUGUCCUGAGCGGCUGCGCGAACAGCAUGGACCUGGCCUUUGUGGACGCCGGGUAUGUCGGGUCGAGGAAGAUCAAGACCAUCGGCGCCCUCGAGCUCCGGGUCCUCCAGAAGGGAACCUUCGGGCAGGUCAUGGACCACUACCUGAGCCUCGGCGGCGCCGUCAGCCAGUUCAAGACGCCGCGGUUCGUGGGCCAGUCCAACAGCAAGGUGCUGCAGAUACUGAGCAGGAAUGUCACCCAGAGCUACUUCAGCACUGCGUAUGGACUCUGA